GGCGGCGAUGGCGGAGCGGGGCCGCGGCUGGGCCCGGGCCGUGCGGGGGCUGCUGCUCGAUGUCAGCGGGGUCCUCUACGACAGCGGCGCCGGCGGCGGCGUCCCCAUCGCCGGCUCGGCCGAGGCCGUGCGCAGGAUCAAAGCCUCUGGGCUGAAGCUGCAGCUCUGCACCAACGAGACGCAGGCGACGCGGGAGGAUUUUGCGCGGAAGCUGUGGGCCAUGGGCUUCGAGGUCUCGGCGGCCCAAGUGACGGCGCCGGCGCCGGCCGCCUGCCGCCUCCUGCGGGAGCGCGGCCUGAGGCCGCACCUGCUGGUGCACGAUGAUCUUGUCCCUGAAUUUGCUGAGAUCAAUAAGACAAACCCAAACUGCGUGGUUCUUGGAGAUGCAGCAGAAAACUUCACCUAUGCAAACCUGAACGAGGCUUUCCGACUUCUGAUUGGGAUGGAGAAGCCUGUUUUGAUCUCCCUUGGAAAAGGACGCUACUAUAAAGAAACUGAUGGUCUGAAACUUGAUGUUGGAGCAUAUAUGAAGGCAUUAGAGUAUGCUUGUGAUGUGCAGGCUGAGGUGGUGGGGAAACCAGCAAAAAGUUUUUUUGAGUCAGCCCUGGCAGAACUGGGAGUUCCACCAGAGCAGGCCAUCAUGAUCGGGGAUGACAUCGUGAAUGAUGUCGGGGGAGCGCAGCAGUGCGGGAUGAGAGCGCUGCAGGUGCGGACGGGCAAGUACAGAUUAAACCUUACAGCAUUCCUUGGGCUCUGCCUCCCUGCCAGCUUUUCCUGGGCAUCUGUGGGCUCGCAGGACCAGCACACCUGGCGUGGAAAUCCUCUGAAAACUUCUGCUGCUGCAAAUCCCACUGCCCCCCUGGCUCCUGCAGAGCAUCACUUUGGCCUGGCAGCCUUUCCAAGCCUGCAUCCCACUUGCAGCAUCCAUCUUCAUAUGGGAACAAACCCUAAUUUUGUGUCUCCAGCAGAGCAGCAGGUCCCAGGCCCUGGAGCCACCAUUCCAGUAGAUGGCAUCAAAGACACCUCGUUCCUCUGCUGGAUCCAAGGGCUGUUUUCCCACUCCCCACAGUCCCAUUUCCCAGCAACUCUGGAGCAGAUAUUCCUGUAAGCAAAGCAAGCUCCUUGUGAAAAGUAAGCUGUGCAUUGCUUUUCUUUGGCCUCACUGUUAAGUGGCAUGUCCCAUGUCACACACCAACGUGGUGCCCAGGUCUUCACCCAGCAGUGGGGACUGGGUGCUUUUUGCUUUUUGCUCAUCUUUGGCCAUUCAGCCACAAUCUCACCUGAGAAAUACAUUGAAAAAUUAAUUAUAGGCCUUCAGGUGCAGGUUUUGAUGUCUGAAUUUACUUUAUAUUCAUAUGUGUAAUAUUUGCAUAUGCAGUGCCUUGCAUAGUAAGGAGAUUUAAUCUUCUUUUUUCUUUAUUUAUUUAUAAACUGUGAAGAGACCUCAUAGUUGCUGGAGGUCAUUGAUCUACCAGACAUGAAGAAAUCCCUCUUCUUGAGUCCAACCUGUAGGAUUUCCCACAACCAGCAGGUCUAGCACGCCGCCAGACUUCAGCUGACACAUCACACUGGAAAAUCCAAUCACUGCCACAUCACAUCUUUAAAACUUGAUCACUGACUCACCAUUAUUUCUGAUCUCUUUGGGAGUAUUCCAAAAUCAGGCUCCCUACAUUAGCAGAAGGAGGUCAGGAGCAGUGAGUGAGUGCAGGAAGAGGGAACAUCAGUGUAGUUUUUACUUUUAAACUUAGACCCCUGUGACUUUUAAAUGUAAUGAUUGUGACAUACCCUGCCCUUGGGAAGUGUAUUCCAGCUGCCUCCCAGUGCUUGCAUUAGCCAGUAGACUUAGCAGGAUUUUAUGGAUCUAUUUUCAAUUAAAAGGAAAUAGCUGGGAUUUCUUCCCACUGGGUUCAUCUUCUGCUUUAUUUGUAAGUUCAAAAAGAAAAAAAAAAUUACCCUUCCUUCUUUA